GACCUGUCCUCACACACCCGCGGCGGUUGCACUACCUAUAGCCUGUGGAACCCCCUGGAGGUCGUGUCCGGGAAGGUGCCAGAAGGUUCAAGCCCCCACAGAGAUGAUGCUCCUCUUUGCCUUCCUCCUCUUCAUGGGAUGGCCACUGGGCUUCGUUGAGCCCUGGACCUUUAACGUACAAUGCCAUGAGUGUGUGGUGAAAAACACCUUCCAUUGUCCAGUUCGUAGAACGUGUCCUUAUGAAAUUAGGCGCUGUUUUACUGUCUCCAUGCGUUUGACUUCUCGGGAAAUACUCGUUUACAAGAACUGUACAUAUAACUGCACAUUUCUGUAUAGAGCCGAAGAGCCUGCGGCAGCCCCCAAAAGAAAGACGACUCAUAGAUUUAACAGUUUCUAUUGGGUUCAUUGUUGUGGUGGGAACAUGUGCAAUUUCGGAGGACCUACUAAUCUGGAGAGGGACAUCACAAUAGAUUAUACACUUGAAGAGGAUAUUGAAGCAAAUGCACAAUUGGUGCAAUCAACUUUAUUCCUAAGCAUUGUCUCCAUCCUAGUCAGGAACACACUGAUGUGAGAAGCCUCCUUUGGAGGGGCUGACCAUCUCCCUGUCUCUCACAAGUUAGCUGUCCUUUACUGUCUUGUGAGCCAGACACUGACCCGUAGAGCCCCCAGUUGAUGAGUUCCGCAUUUACAAAUUGUUUCCAGAGAGAAAUAAACACCAGAAUUGUUCACGUUCUGUGGACUCAGA